UCAUCACAUCCCCUCUCUACUGGAACGGUGAAAAGCAGCAACGUAGGCAACCUCGCAGAUAUGGACAAGAGAGCUUAUAACUUCCUGGCACUUGCGCUCAUAGGAGUAGCCAACGCCGCCUACCUUGACGGCGUCCAGGCCCCAGCCGGCACCCAGCUAUCCUUCGACACCAGUUUCAGCAGGGAAACUCAUAGUACUUCUCCUGCAAGAAGUGGCUACUACGACAACCGUGGUAACAGCGGGGGAUUUCCGACCAGUGGAGCUACAAGAGGUACUCUUGGAGGUAUUUCCAGUGGAGCCAGUAGCAGUAUCAUUAGUGGAGGAGGAUUGACAGCCAGUGGUAGUGCCACUGGGGAGGCCGUUUUACCAGGACGGAUUGGUUCUGGAUUUGGAGUAGGCUUACAUCUCUUGGAGUCUGGUGGUAGUGAAGCCAUCAAUGACCUGGGGAAUGCUAUCGGUGGAGGAGGUGUCCCCGGUGAGAACUACCCCAUCCUCGACUCUGUCCCCAGUACCAAGUUCUCCUGCGAUGGUCUACUCCCAGGAUACUAUGCUGACACUGACAAAGAGGCCCGAUGCCAGGUGUUUCACGUCUGUCAAAGCCGUGGACGGAUUAACUCAUUCCUCUGUCCCAACGGUACCAUCUUCAACCAGCAGUACUUUGUGUGUGACUGGUGGUACAACGUCGACUGUUCCACUGCUCAACAGUUCUACUCACUCAAUGCCCAAAUUGGUCAAGUUGCAAUCGGCGGCGAUAGGUUCGGCACCGCCUCGUCUCUCCAAGAAUCAGUAUCUUCCUUCGGUAACGGUGGACCUCCGACAAGUUAUCAAGCUCAAGAAGGAAGCAACAUUAACAUUGUGGAUUCUAGAAUUAAUCAAAAUAAUGCCUUAGUCAAUGAUGGAGGAAAUGCAUUCAAUGGAGACAGGCGUGGCUCGGCAUCAAACCAACAGGAUUCUUUCUCUGCCCUCACUGUGGGCAAAAUUAAUGGAAGUGCCUCUUCCUCGCAUCAUGGAACCACAAAUGUCGCUAGAAGUAACUUUGGAGCCAGCACUAACCCAGAAGUCCUGAGAAGAGGCAACACAGGAACUACAAGUGAGAGCAGAAAGGAAGGUUUAACAGGAUCUAAUACCGAAGCCGUAUCAGACAGGUUUGACUCGGCAUCAGCUCAACUGGGUUCUGUCUCUCCCUCCACUAUCACUGCCUUUAACGGAGGUGCUCCUUCUGCUUAUUACGAAACUCCAAACAACUUCAAUGGUAACUUUGGAGCCAGCUCUAAGCAGGAAGUUGUAUUAACACAAAAGGAUACCACGGGAACUGCAAAUGAAGACAGAAGUGUUGGGUUUACCGGGUCUUAUACCAACACUCCGUCACAGAGGUCUGGCUCGGCAUCCGUUCAGCAGAGUUCUUUCUCUCCCGUCACUGGUUAUUCUAUCAACGGAGAUGCUCCUCCCACUUCUUAUGAAAACCCAAGCAGCGUCAAUGGUAACUUUGGAGCCAGUUCUAAGCAAGAAGCUGUAGUAAGAGGCGCCACAGGAACUACAAAUGUGGACAGGAAACAUGGUUUUACUGGGUCUAAUACCCAGGCUUCAUCAGACAGGUCUAGGUCUGGCUUGCCUUCUGGCUCUCUCUCUCUGCCUCCAAUGUUAAUGCUAUAGAUGGAGAUGUUCCUUCCACCUAUUAUGAAAGCCAAAGCAACGCCAGUGGCGUCUUUGGAGCCAGCGCUAACCAAGAAGCUGUACUGAGAAGCAACAUACGAACUGCAAAUGGAAGCAGGCAGGGUGGUUCUACUGUGCUUUCUAUACGAGCCCCAUCAGGUCUUUACGAAACUCCCGAAAAUUAAGCAAUGUGUACUAUAAUUUAUAAAAGCUAAUUUCGGUUUAAAAAUAUUGUAAAGCAUUGA